AUGGAUUUCGAAACAGUAACGCGCUAUGGAGGCGUCCAAAACGAGGAUGAUGGUGAAGCUCAGCGUAAAGCCGAAGAGCGCGAGGCAAAGAAAGCCGAAGUGCGCAAACGUCUCGAAGAAUCGGGAAAAGCUGGAAAGAAGAAGAAACAAGGUUUCCUCACCCCAGAAAGAAAGAAGAAAUUGAGAAAACUUCUUAUGAUGAAAGCCGCUGAAGAUCUCAAAAAUCAACAGCUCAAGAAAGAGCAAGAGAGGCAAAAGUUCCUUGCUGAGCGCACCAUUGCUCUUCCCAACCUCGACUCCACCGAUGAUCACGGCCAACUCGAGAAAAUCUACAACGAUUUGUUCUCCCGUGUCUGCAAGCUCGAAGAGGAGAAGUACGAUAUUCAACAGCAAGUGCAAACCUCUGAAGCUGAGAUCAACGAGUUGACCAUUCAAGUCAACGAUCUUCGAGGCAAAUUCGUGAAGCCGACCCUUAAGAAGGUUUCCAAGUAUGACAAUCGAUUCAAGAAAUUGGCUGAGGCCAAGAAGGGAGGAGAGAAGGCUGAUUUCCGCAAAGAUCUCAAGACGGUGAAGAGAGAGAAUGUAUUCACAGAGUUGGCCAACAAGAAGAAGGAAAACAAGCCCGACUGGAAAGCACAAAAAGCUGCCCCAAAGAAGGAGGAGAAAAAGGAAGAAGAGGCCAAAGCUGAAGCUGAAGAAGAGGCGCCAGCUGAUGAGCCGGUUGCUAAUGAACCAGAAGAAGAAGAGGAAGAGGAAUCUGAGGAGGAGGAAGAAGAG